GUCUCCAUGGAGAGAAAGAGCUACAGCGCCAUGGAAGGGCGUGUAGGCUAGGUUGAAUCCUUGUUCCAUUUCAUGCUUGGGGGGAUUUUCUCGUGGUAUCGAUGGCGCAUUCUAUGGCGCCUCAUGGAGCCGCUUCGCUUGUCGCUGGAAGGAGGAAGAGGCGGAGCUCCUGCUAGGGUGUAGGGUUUUACUAGGGCUCCUUCGCUCCAGUGCCUCCGCGCCAUCGCCACGGCGAAAUCCUCCUCGGCUGGUCUGUGAUUUUUCUAUAUUUCUCCCCUUCUCUCGCUCGAUCGGAGGAAGAUUAUGGCUCGCGGCGAUGGCGUGAGAAGAUAAUGGUGGGGAAGUUCAUCUGUGCCUCUGCCGCUGCCGCUCCUCAAGAGAGAACUGUGGAGGAGCCACACCAAGGGGCGGUGAGCAUGAAGUACUGGGACGAUUGGGCCGAUCCCCAGGACAUGGAUGCAAUGUGGUCUCAUCCGGAGAUCAACAAGGAAUGGAUCGCUGCCGGAGAGAUUUUCGGCAAGAAAGUUCACAUGCUGAGGGAUCCAGAUGGAAGGCCUUAUAUCACCCAGACCGAAUUGCAGGCUAUCGCAGAGAUUCUUGUCAAGAGACACUUUAGAGGCAAGAUCAGCCAAGCCAUGAUAUGCGCUGUCGCGGAGAUUGAAAGCCAAAGACACCCGCUUGCGUACACUUACAAUUCCAGGAUCAAAGAUGUGCUCUGUGGGCUCAUGAAAAUGCGAAAGUCUACGGUGGAAUGGCUCUCAAGGGAGAAGGAUUAUGGAGCAUACGCCGUGGACUGGAAAACUUCGAUGCUCUUCAAACCAUUUGUUGGAGUAUAUUAUGGUGCUGCGUACUUGAGUUGGCUAUCAUCGUACGAGGGCAAGAGGAAAACUGAGGAGUUUAUUGUCCGCGCCUACCACUCUGGCCCCAAAGAUGCCAACAGCAAACAGUCUUUAGCGUAUUGGAAUAAGUAUCUAAGUGCCAAGCAAAGCCUCCCAACGAGAUGGGACAUCCCAAAUCCGCACAACUCUCCACCUCCUGUAGAGAAGGAAAAGCCGUCGAUUGGAACGGCGAAAAAGCUUCUCUAUGAAACGUCUCCAGGUCGCAAAUGGAUUUACUGGGAGGAAAAGACUUCGCCUGAAGAUAUGUCUGACAUGUGGAGGCAUCCCGAACUGAGAAAGGAGUGGACAAGAACCGGAGAAAAACCAGGAAAAGUACGCUUCUCGCUCGAUGGCGAGAUGCGACCUCACCUCAAGAAAGUUGAACUUAAGGCUGUUGCUGAAAUAAUUGUGGCCAAAUACUUCUCCGACAGGGGAAUGAGUCCGGCCAUGCUUUGUACAAUUGCCGAGAUUAGCAGCAAGCGACUGCUUUUCGGGACCGAUACAGGAAUCAUGCAGACACCAUUUUCCACAGCUGCGUGGCUUUACACGAACCUUGGAUACAAAUCAUACAAGCUAAAGUCCGCGGAGGACCUGACAAAGCCAUUCGUGUCAAUGUAUUUCGGUGCGGCAUACGUGUGCUGGCUAUCAACACACGGCGGAAGGACAAGAAGCGAUCAGUUCAUUGUACAAUCCUAUCGGGGGGGGCCACAGAAAGUCGAGAGCUCCGAAGCUGGACCCUUUUGGCUCAAGUACAUUGACAAUCUUCCCCAAUAUCUCACAAACCACAAGACCCGUCACGCUGCCUGCUGCAUCCAGUAAGAAAAAUUCACACGUUGUGUAAAUUAAUAGUAAAAGCAGCAAAGCAACAAAAUGGGGGGUUUUUGAUAA